UCCAAUAGUAGUCAAUAGGAGGCUAAUGUAACAUUACUGCAGUUGGUCGGCGAGAAUGUGAAGUAGGAAGCUUGCCGGUAAAGUAAGGGUUUUAAUUCCAAUUAAAAAGAGAUGUCCCGCCAAAAUGCCGCCAAAGGUGUUGCUGAUGCUAAAAAAGUGAGUGGAGAACUCUUUACUUUGACAUAUGGAGCUCUUGUUGCACAGUUGCUUAAAGACUAUGAAGCUGAUGAAGAAGUUAAUCGUCAAUUAGAAAGAAUGGGCUACAACAUUGGUGUGCGAUUAAUUGAAGAUCUGCUUGCCAGAUCAAGUAUUGGUAGAUGCCAUGAUUUUAGAGAAACUGCUGAUGUUAUAGCAAAGCAAGGAUUCAAGACAUUUCUUGGAAUAUCUCCGCAAGUUGUUGGAUGGAACGCGGCUGGGGACGAAUUUUCGCUUGUUAUUGAGAAUAACCCAUUAGCAGAAUUUGUCGAGCUACCGGAAGGACAUAACAAUCUUUGGUAUUCAAGCAUCCUCAUCGGGGUAAUCAAAGGAGCCUUGGAAAUGGUGCAGAUGGAAAUCGAGGCAGCAUUUGUGCAGGAUAUAUUAAAAGGAGACCCGACCACAGAACUCAGAGUGAAGUUUAUCAGAAAGCUAGAGGACGCAGUCCCUGCCGGGGAAGAGUAGCUUGUAAGUUGUUUAUUAACUUUAAUUAAAUAUUGUUUAUAAGCAUACUUCUAAUAUUAAUUAGCACCAUUUUUCGUUAAAAUUAUGCUUGAUUACCAAAACUUCAUCUUUCUCUAGAACUUUACAGAAUUUAUUUCCAAUAUUGAACAUGUGAGUUCCAAGAAAACAGCGAUACAGAAGUGAUAAUGGAUAUUUUAGUGAAGAACAACCUAAGUAACUAUAGAUUAAUUGUUUCUGGAAAGUUUAAUUGAUUAAAAGUUCAGUCCUAAUUCCUAAACAAUGGAAAAGCCCCAUAUUACUGCCCUUUGGUCUAGCCUAAUGUAAAUCAAACGUAUUUGAUGUUAUUUGACAGUUGAUCUUCGCAAUAUCAGUAAAAUUGUAAGGAAUCAUGUUAAGUGCUCUUAAAUCUUGUAUGAACCACUCCUUCCUCCACUGAGCUGCAUUACAACCUCCGGGUUUCGUCUCUGGAAAGCCUAACCUGGCUUACCUACUUACAACUUCACACGUGUCAUUAUCUUUAAUUCAUGAUUAUGUAUAAAGUGUUAGACACAAAGUCUCUUAUUUUUUCGCGCCAA